UUUUUUUUUUUUUUUUUUUUUUCGCCGGGGUUUCUUUUUUUCUAAUCCCAACGUCUUAAGAUGGAUAGUUACGCAACGCAACACAACAGAACACAACAUAUAACACACAUAUUCCUAGGUACACAUUACAUCAUGGAGCGCGGCGGGGGAACAUGGAAUCAAAUCAGAGAUAAAGGGGCAUAGCGCAAACUAGGUACAUCAGCGCUGGCACAUAUACCCACGAGAGCAGGACAGGACAGGACAGGACAGGAAACGAAAGGAAUAUCGGGCGUGGGGAAAGGCGGGCUAAGAUGAUGAUGACCAUGAUGCUUACCGGCUUCGCGUCGUGGCAGUGACGUUAAAGUAAAGGCGGGGAGGAAAGGCAUGGCAUCCUAGGCGUUCGGAAGGGGGAUCGGAUCUCUUGCUUGACUUGGGCGGCCAGACGGGCGGAAGUGGGACGAUCAGUCAAUACAGACAAACAGACAGACAGACGGGCACUGGCGAUUGCUUACGGUGGUUGGGACUAGGCUCAGGAUAACAUGUCAGAUUCAGAUACAGGGGAGGGGGCAAGGGGGCUAGUUAUCUUGCCUUGUCUAUCUGUGUAUAUUCGCCCCCGGUCAGGGACGGGCGGGAAGGGGUUCUCGGCGCGUACGGUAUGGUACGGUACGGUAGGGAUUGGAUAUGCAGUUGCUUGCUUGUCAUGCUUGUCUUGUCUGCUUGCUUGGUUGAACUUGGAAUAGACAGCCGAUUUUUUUCUUCUGCUUCUUCUUCUUUUGGCUUCUUCGCCUUCCUUCCCGACCUCAUCUUAUCUAUCUUACUUCUUACUGCGUACGCGUGCGUGCAUGGGAGCAAGCAUGUCAUUCACGGCAGCCUACGACGACUGCGGGAAUUUCUUUCUUACGCUUGUCAUUACUUUAUUUUAGCAUUAUACAUACCUACAUGCAUUUACAUACGUACGUACCUACAUUAGUAUUUACAUGUAGCAUUAUUACUUAACUACCUAGGUACCCAACUUACCUUGUCUAUUACACAUCUUACAAAUCUCCAUUUCU